GGCAGUGAGCCGUCUUCAACAACACUCCCCCUCUACUACCCCUUUAAAAACGAACUGUACAUAAUUUGACAGUAUCAAAAACUCAAACCCUACGCUAACAGUCUCUCUCUCUCUCUCUCUCUAAAAGGUGAGGCGGCUGCUACUGAGGAGAAGCUUAUGGAGAUCAAGCUGUCCUUCUCGCCCAAUAGCCCUCCGCUGGCAGUCAUUGCCGCCGCUGAAAUCGCCGGGAUCCCUCUCUCUUCCGAUUCGUCUCUCCCCUCUGGCUCUCCUCCCGCUUUCCUCUUCUCCAAUGGAUUGGAAUUGCGUGGGACGAAGGUGUUGCUCAGUUAUCUCGGUCGCACGGCAAGCGUUCGCAAUUUUUACGGAUGUGAUGCCUUGGAAUCUUGCCAGAUGGAUGAAUGGUUAGAGUACGCCUCAAUUCUGGCAUCAGGUGCGGAAUUUGAGGGUGGAUGUAGCUACAUUGAUGGAUAUCUGUUGAAGCGUACGUUUCUGGUUGGACAUUGUUUAUCUAUUGCGGACAUAGCAAUCUGGGCGGGUCUUGCAGGAAAUGGGCAGAGAUGGGAAAGUCUGAGGAAGUCAAAGAAAUUUGCAAACCUAGUGCGGUGGUUCAACUCAUUAUCUGCGGAAUAUGGUGCUGUCCUGAACAAAGUCACAUCAACUUAUGUUGGGAAACGUGCUGUGGGAAAGCAAAUUGUAGCUUCAGUGAAAGGAAAAGGGCAAGCCAAUGGGGAUGUUGGUGACAAGGUAAAAGCUGGUAUAGAUCUUCCAGAUGCUGAAAUGGGAAAGGUGAGGUUGCGCUUUGCACCAGAGCCCAGUGGUUACCUUCACAUUGGACAUUCUAAGGCAGCGUUGUUGAACCAGUAUUUUGCUGAAAGGUACGAAGGGCAGGUCAUUGUGCGCUUUGACGAUACUAACCCUGCUAAAGAGAGUAACGAAUUUGUGGACAACAUACUGAAAGACAUAGCAACUUUGGGUAUCAAAUACGAGACCGUAACUUAUACUUCAAAUUACUUCCCAAAGCUAAUGGAAAUGGCUGAAAAAUUGAUCAUUCAAGGAAAGGCUUAUGUGGAUGAUACACCACGAGAGCAAAUGCAAAAGGAGAGGAUGGAUGGCAUUGAUUCAAGGUGUAGAAAUAACAACCCCGAGGAAAAUAUGAAAUUGUGGAAGGAGAUGAUUGCAGGAUCAGAAAGGGGGUUGCAGUGUUGUCUCCGUGGUAAGUUGGAUAUGCAGGAUCCAAACAAGUCACUACGGGAUCCGGUGUACUACCGCUGCAAUCCGAUUCCUCACCAUCGUAUUGGCUCAAGUUACAAGAUAUAUCCGACUUAUGAUUUUGCAUGUCCAUUUGUGGAUUCUAUUGAAGGUAUCACACAUGCAUUGCGAUCUAGUGAGUAUCAUGACCGCAAUGCUCAGUACUAUAGGAUUCAGGAAGAUAUGGGACUUCGAAAGGUUCUAAUAUAUGAAUUUAGUCGGUUAAAUUUGGUCUACACGCUUCUGAGCAAGCGCAAGCUGCUUUGGUUUGUUCAGAAUGGAAAGGUUGAAGGUUGGGAUGAUCCUCGCUUUCCAACUGUACAGGGAAUCGUGCGGAGAGGUCUAAAAAUUGAGGCACUGAUAGAGUUCAUUGUUGAACAGGGAGCUUCAAAGAAUUUGAAUCUCAUGGAAUGGGAUAAACUCUGGACCAUUAAUAAAAAAAUUGUUGAUCCUGUGUGUCCUAGACAUACUGCUGUGAUUGAAGAAGGACGUGUCAUGUUAACUCUAACCGAUGGACCACAUAAACCAUUUGUCCGGAUCAUACCAAGGCAUAAGAAAUCUGAAGAUGCCGGACAGAAGGCUACAACUUACACUAGGCAAAUAUGGAUUGACCGCAUUGAUGCUGAGUCAAUCUCAGUUGAUGAGGAAAUAACCUUGAUGGAUUGGGGCAAUGCGAUAGUGAGAGAAAUCACGAAGGAUGAGAGUGCAAAAGUUGUGAAGUUAACUGGAGUUUUACAUCUUGAAGGCUCUGUCAAGACCACAAAGUUGAAGCUUACCUGGUUACCUGAAACAAAUGAGCUGGUGAAUCUCUCUUUGGUGGAGUUUGAUUAUCUAAUUACCAAAAAGAAGCUGGAGGAAGGAGAGGAUUUUCUUGACGUGCUUAAUGAAAAUACGAAAAAGGAGACUGCGGCCCUUGGGGAUUCAAACAUGCGGAACUUGCAGCGUGGAGAUAUAUUGCAGCUGGAGAGAAAAGGCUAUUUUAGAUGUGAUGUGCCCUUUGUUAGGCCUUCUAAGCCCAUUGUUCUAUUUGCUAUUCCAGAUGGUAGGCAACAGUCGGGACUAAAGUAAGACCUAUUUAAGUUUCGACUUCUUCCAAUUGGACUGGUGUACUAGAAGAAAUUUAGAUGUAAUACUGAUUAACCUUUCCAAACUUUCCAAACUUGAUAAUCAAACUUUUACCGUAUCUGUUUUGUAAUUCGAGUGUGUUGGAUCUUGGGCAUAUCAGAAAUCGAGUUCCCUUUUGUUUUA